AUUUUGCCAAAGUAUCAGCAUAUCUCUGAGGAAGACAGAGAUCGCGAGGAUCAGAUGCUGUUUAUCACCGCAGAGUACUCUCUCCGCUAUCUGAUCUCCAACCUGCACGAGCACGCCCGACGGUGCACCGAGAAGCAGAAGGUGCGCUCCCUCCUUCGUGCCGGGCACACGGCUUGCGUCACUAUGCGCUGCAAGAAAGGCCAUGGUUUUAUGUGGACUUCAUCGCCACACAUUGGGAAACCUUUCCUCGUGAAUCUGAGGUAAGAAGUUACAUUGUCAAAAUAGGGAAGAGCGAUUAUGCCUAAAGUGAAAAUGUCGACGGUUGGAAUUUUUAUGCUACAAAUGAGUCACGUCAGGUAGUAGAAAUACAAAUAAUGUUGGGGAACUUGGGGAUGUAAACACCCCGAUGACAUUCGUUUGGUAAUAAAAGUACGUAAUAAUACCAAAGCAGAUGUGGGAGGGAGCAUUCUUUGUGCGCAUUUGACGUAAGUUGAAACCUACCGCACAAUCGCGGCCCCGCCCCGCCCCCACAGAAAAAAAAACAACAACGAACGCCAACUUACUUACCGGUCCCUUAUCAUUACAAGUCAUGAAAUUGCGUCUGAAAACAUGAAGAAACAACAUUUUUUUGUGCCGAUCCGGUUUCAUUGUAUGUCCAUCACCUCUUGACCUACUAGUACGUAGAUUUGUAAUGACGUCAUACCCAAGCAGAUGUGAGAGGGAGCUUACUUUGUGCGCAUUUGGUAGCGUUUUGUCAGGUUGCGUCUGGUGCGGAGAAGCAGGUGAACUAAAAUGGCUUUGUCUAAAAAUAGAAGCACGGAACUUCUAUAAUUAAUAACAUAUCCACUUGACUGUAUUGUACAGUAAGGUAUCUAAUGGUCGUUUGACUGUGUCUUCUCUUUCCUAUCAUGUCAGAAUGGCGCAUGGAUACAUGUCCAGUGGGAUGCUACCCAAUCAGUACAAACGGCUGUGUGCCAAUGCUGGGAUUGGGCAGAUUUCUGACGUCAACCUGAAAAAGUCCAUGAUACUGUAUGGAGAAGUGGUGGCUGAACAAGCAAGGGCAUCCAUGCAGGAUGCUAUGGAUGAAGAAAUUGGUGACCAACCAGGACGAACACUAUCGAUAGUGACCGAUGCCCGACAUGCACAACGACGAAACUCCUACAGGUCUGACAUAAUGGCGCUUGGACAAAACAACCACAAGGUGCUUGCCUAUGCGCCUGUGACCAAAGAGGAGCAGAGGUCGAGCCAAAAACAUGAGAUGUAUGGGACAACUAAACUCUACCAGCAGUUCGAUGAACUUGGGGUCCAGAUUGCUGACCAUGCGCAUGACAGAAACCACACCAUCAACAAGUUCAUCAAGGACAGGCCACCAUAUGCCGAUGGAACCCGGACCUCCAACUCUAAUGAUACCUGGCAUGCUACAAAGUCUAUUGCGAAAAAGUUUCGCAAAGUGGCAAGUGGGGCCCGGAGGAACCAGGGUGUGACAUGGCAUCCACAGUUGGCCGACAAAGGUGCAGCUGUGAAGACACAUUUCUAUUGGUCGAUGGCCGGGUGUGGCGGAAGUGAACAAGCACUGCAACAGUCUCUCCUGAAUAUUGUUGACCACUACAAGAACCAACAUGACAACUGCAAUGCGGCCUCGCGGUGUCGUACCGAUCCAAACUACCGGCCAAGGAAGCUGAUCCUACAGGACCAGCGGGCGGUAGAGAUGUUGAGAAGCUUCAUCCAGAAGCAGGAUGUGUACAGACAUCCAAGUGACUACGUGUUGUGCCGUGACACACUGUACGUCGAGUCUUUCAAUAAUGCCUGCCUUCAAUACUUGGACAAGAGGAUUUUCUUCCGCACCCUUAACUAUGGCCUAAGGAUGAACUUGGCCAUUCUGGACUGGAACGAACAUGUGGACCGCCCUGCCACAUCGAGAUCCAACAGGGUCAGCGUUGCCAACCCAAGGCAGAACAAUGGGGGGAAGAGGGUCCUGUCUGCCAAGACCAACAACUUCCUGAGGGACCUGCUACUCACCUUCUUGCAGAGGGUGAGGACAGCAGGGGGACUACCUGACCUCCCCCAGGGCCGCAGGCGGAACGCCGAUGUACAGGAAGAUGGCGACCGGCUCUCAGACUCCUCGGACUACUCAUCAUCUGAUGAAGAGGAGUAG